AUGACUAAGUUCUGGCCAGUGCACUAUGAGAAGAUUCCAGCCCUGGGCCAUAAGAACCUCUCUGGCAUGAAGCUCAUGCUUCUCCCAAAGGUGGAUACAGUACAGAUGACUCCCAUACCUGGUCCCAAACCAACUCCAGUGCAACAGUGCACACAGUCUUCAGCAGGGGACCCCCGUUCCCCCUACAACUGCCUUGACUCCACUGCUGUGGUGAACACCAGUAGGGAGGCAGACACCCCUUCAUCUGCUAGCUCUAGGCUGCAGCUGCCUCACCUCGGUCCCCCCAGCACAGUAGACUCCAAACCUGCAGUGAGCCUCAACCAUUACCAGCUUCCUGAUGCCUGUCAUAGUAUGCAUUUUCAGGAUUCCACGGUUUCUGAAUCAGACAAGCUUCUUGCAUAUUUCAUUAGGCACAAAGUUUUUAGCACAAACUGGUUACUUCACGAUGAUGUCUACUCUCAAGCGAGGGUGUUUUCCCUAGAGUCCAGAUUGAAGAUGCACAGAUGGAUUCAUUUAGAGCUGUGGAACAGGGCGCCCUCUGAUGUGAAAGAACUUGCCGUGGACAACAGUCGGUCGAAUGAAGGAAAACUCGAAGGCCUAAUGGAUGAAUUUGAAGAACUGGAAUGCUUAAGUACAAUCAGCGGAGGCCUCACCUCAAUCUCAAACUUACCAAAGUUAAACAAAUUUAAGAGGCUUGAACUAAGAGUCUCAGGGGGCCUAGAAGUAUUGGCAGAAAAGUGUCCAAACCUCACGCAUCUAAAUUUAAGUGGCAACAAAAUUAAAGACCUCAGCACAAUAGAGCCACUGAAAAAGUUAGAAAACCUCAAGAGCUUAGACCUUUUCAAUUGCAACGAAGUAACCAACCUGAACAACUACCGAGAAAACGUGUUCAACCUCCUCCUGCAACUAACAUAUCUCGAUGGCUGUUACUGGGACCACAAGGAGGCCCCGACGGAUACUGAGGGCUACGUGAAGGGCCUGGAUGACGAGGAGGAGGAUGAGGAUGAAGAGGAGCAUGAUGAAGAUGCUCAGGUAGUGGAAGAUGAGGAGGGCAAGGAUGAGGAGGAGGAAGGUGAAGAGGAGGACGUGAGUGGAGAGGAGAAGGAGGAUGAAGAAGGUUUUAACAAUGGAGAGGUAGAUGGCGAGGAAGAUGAAGAAGAGCUUGGUGAAGAAGAAAGGGGUCAGAAGAGAAAAUGAGAACCUGAAGAUGAGGGAGAAGAUCAUGACUAAGUGGAAUAACCUAUUUUGAAAAAUUCCUAUUGUGAUUUGACUGUUUUUACCCAUAUCCCGUCCCCCGUCCAGUCCAAUCCUGCCCCCUGAAACUUGUUUUUUUCUGAUUGUAAUGUUGCUGUGGGAACGAGACGGGAAAAGUGUACUGGGGAUUGUGAGGGGAGGGGAGGGCAGGAGAUGGUGGACUAAAAUACUAUUUUUACUGCCAAAAAAAAUAUAUUUGUAAAUAUUAACUGGGAUACUAGCUUUGUAGAAUGAUUUCUAUUAAUUAUUCUCUCUCUUUUUCUUUCUUUUUUUUUUUUACACAUUCUUUUCUUUUAAGUAUAGUCCUUUUAGUCCAU